CAUCAUUUCCUUUUUCUCAUUCUUCUUUCAAAUUCAAUCAGAAACCAAUCAUGUCUCAACAACGUUCGCAUAUCCCAAAGUUUGGGAGUUGGGAUGCUGACAAUGUCCCUUACACAGCUUACUUUGACAACGCACGGAAAGAUAAAGGCUCCGGUAUCAUGAUAAACCCUAACGACCCAGAGGAAAACCCUGAAGCUUUUAUGGCUUAUGGAGGCAAUAAUGAUGAUAUCAGCAAUGAUGAUAUCAUUUUUGCAGAUAAAAACAUGAAAUCUGGAGGCAAGAAAAGUACGACCUCAUCAAAAGUAAGUAGUGAAAGGAGUUCGAUCUCAGAUUUAUCAAGUAAGCAACAAAGCUACAAAUCAGAUCGAAAAAAGAGCCCAAACACAAACACAAGAGAAAUGACAAGUAAUUUUGCACCACCUUCACCUUCGCCCGCACCCAAUAGACCAAGAUAUGGAUAUAAUCCAGCCGACGAUAUUGUGUCGCAUAGAUCAGCAUCGGUCCCAAUGUUUGGGGCAUGGGAUGAAAAGGACCCAAGAUCUGGAGAUGGUUUUACAGUCAUUUUUCAGAAAGUCAAAGAGGAAAAACACAUUGCAGCCACCAAAUUCCCACCAAUCCCUCAACAUGAUAAUCCAAAUAUCCCCAAAAAUCCUAAAAAAGAUAGCAAAGGAAUCAAGAAAUGGUGCUGUCUGUAUUAAAAAGUGAAGGGAUUGUGGCUCCACAUUGUUUUUUUAAGAAUGUACGCAUAAUUUUUAGUUAAAUCAAUUAUGUUGUCAAACUAUUAUUAUUAAGAUUAUCUGGUGUAAAAUUAUAUUGAUUAAUAUUUGUGAUUUCAACCCUCCUAGGGACAAAAUCCAUAUGUUUUAUUAUUUUU